GACUCUAUGGCUCCCGGAAGUGCGGCCUGCUGGUUCCGGUGGGCCUUUUGGCGGGUGUGAGAGUAGCGCGGCUUGAGGGGACGGCGCCUUGGAGCAUCUGCGCGGCCGGGGAAUGCUGGUGGCCUUGUGAGCCGGCCCGCUUCCGCCAUGUCCGUCGUGCCGCCCAACCGCUCCCAGACCGGCUGGCCCCGCGGGGUCAACCAGUUCGGGAACAAAUACAUCCAGCAAAGCAAGCCCCUCACCCUCGAGCGGACCAUCAACCUGUACCCACUGACAAAUUAUACCUUUGGGACCAAGGAACCCCUCUACGAGAAGGACAGUUCGGUAGCCGCCCGAUUCCAGCGCAUGAGGGAAGAAUUUGACAAGAUUGGGAUGAGGCGGACCGUCGAGGGGGUCCUCAUUGUGCACGAGCAUAGAUUGCCUCACGUGCUGCUCUUGCAGUUGGGCACAACCUUCUUCAAACUGCCAGGUGGUGAACUUAAUCCAGGAGAAGAUGAGGUAGAAGGUCUUAAACGUUUAAUGACAGAAAUACUAGGUCGUCAAGAUGGCGUCCUUCAAGACUGGGUCAUUGAUGACUGCAUUGGUAACUGGUGGCGACCGAAUUUUGAGCCCCCCCAGUACCCUUAUAUUCCAGCUCAUAUUACAAAGCCAAAAGAGCACAAGAAGCUCUUCUUGGUUCAGCUCCAAGAAAAAGCUUUGUUUGCGGUCCCCAAAAACUACAAGCUAGUCGCUGCUCCUUUAUUUGAGCUUUAUGACAACGCGCCAGGCUACGGUCCUAUCAUUUCCAGCCUUCCGCAACUUUUGAGCAGGUUCAAUUUUAUUUACAACUGAAUUUCCUGAAGUGUGAGUAGAAGCCGUCUCUGUGAGAACAGCUUUAAAAUGUAGAAGAGAAAAUGUGACGCAAGGAUUUUUUUUAUGUUUCUCUCUCUCACUCUCUCUCUCUCUCUCUCCCCCUUUGAGUUUUCCCCCUCCCCAACUUUCUACUCUCUGAAUAGGAAAGUGAAUCUUGACUGUUUAGACAGUGGAAUAAGAACUGUAAUUGCAUUUUAACCACUUAUGUUGUGAUAGUCACCUGAUUUUUUUUUUAAAAUAACAUUAAACAAAAAUGGACUCA